GAUGGCCACCAUGGGCAGCAGUGGGCCCAAGAUGGGCAGCAAAGGGCCCGAGAUGGGCAGCAAAGGGCCCGAGAUGGGCAGCAAAGGGCCCGAGAUGGGCAGUGGUGGGCCCAAGAUGGGCAGUGGUGGGCCCAAGCUGGGUGGUGGGAUGGUUGGGCCUGGCAGGAUGGCUGGCGAUGGCCACUUAAGCCAGGCGGCCCCUCCGUCGCAGCAGGGUCAGGACAGUGCUUGGAAUCUGGUCCGGCAAGGGAUACCGCCGCAAAUGCUGCCAGACAAUCAGGGUCAGGGCGGUCGAAAUGGUGGUGGCACGCAGCGUCAGGGCAGUCAGUCAGCGGGUGGUCAGGGUCAGGCUGCCACUGGCCAAGCGGGCUCUGGUGGAGAUGGUGGUCAGGGUCAGGCUGCCACUCGCCAAACGGGCUCUGAUGGACAUGGUGGUCAGGGUCAGGCUGCCACUCACCAAACUGGCUCUGAUGGACAUGGUGGUCAGGGUCAGGCUGCCACUCACCAAACGGGCUCUGAUCAACAUGGUGGUCAGGGUCAGGCUGCCACUGGAGACAGUGGUCAAGCUGGCACUCAGUCUGCGGCCUCUGGUGUUGGAGAUGGCGGGCAGCAGCAGGGUCACCAAAGGCGCAGCGAUCAGGGCCAUGCUGAGAACCGUGCCCGAAGCCUGCCUGCCUGGUCCCGCAAACCGCGAGUGCCACGCCAAAACGAUGGCGAGCUGUCAAGGACCACCCCGCAGCGGGCCCAGAAUUGGGAAGGGUCAGCGGUGCUCGGCUACCUGACGCCGAACGUCGUGCGCAUGGCAGAACAGCAUUUCGACCACGGGGCGCAGCAGGUCCUCUACUUGUUGUUCAGGGUCAGGGAAGAGUGGGCGCGCGACUUCCUCCGCUACUUGAAGAACUGCCCCACAGCCGAGUUCCCCAAGAACCCUUCCGCGUGGUUGAUACACUCCACGGCCAACGUCUUUGGAGGGCUUCGGCAAUCCUUCGAUGAAGACGCCGAGGCUGCAUUGGAAGCGGUCGCUCCCGUCGGGGUCAACGUAGUCAAUCAGGCCACGGAGGUCUUGACCGAGAUCCUUACCGGCGUCGGGGUCAACUUGUCCCACCUGCCUCGACUGCGCUUUCUCUACUGUUUCAGCUACGAGGGUCAGACCACUGCGAUCCAGGCCCACUACAAAAACCCAGAGCAAGAACUGGGAGGGUGGAUCACCAGCCGCGUGAACCACGAGCUACCAAUGGUCGAGAAUCGUGCAGUGUAG